AUGGUGCCUACGAAGAUCAAAAUGGGAAAAGUGGGCAACGAUAGAGCUAAAAGACUGAGCUUCAAGAAAAGAAAGGACUGUGUCCUGAGGAAGACAAUGGAGCUUGCAGUACUGUGCGACAUCAAAGCGUGUGCAGUUGUUUUUGGGCCAGACGGGGAGGUCGAGACUUGGCCAGAGAAUCCCAGAGACUUGAAAGCUCUCAUCCACAACUACAAAGAAUAUGAUCAUGAUCAUCCUGGAAAAAAGCAAUAUUUGAGACAGGAGAUUUUUCCCAAGAAGGACGAUAACGACAACCGGCUUGAUAGGCUUUCGGGACAGACCACUAGAGAUUUAUUGAAGGUGAUAGAGUGCAAAUUGGAGACGGUGAGAAAUAGGGUUGAGUUCUUGAAGGUGCCCAAUACCACAGAAGAAGUUACAACGAGUGAGUAUUACUUUGAUCCAUUGGAGUUGGACAUUCAGGCACAGGCAACAUCUACAACUCAAGUCGAUGCCGGAAUUAAAGAUAAUGGUGGUACUGGUGGUGGUGUCUCGCUGGUGCCACGUUUGAUGAUGGAGGAAAUCAAAGGUGAUGAUGAUAAUAACCUACUAUGGUAUCAAGGUGCUGAUCAGAUUAAUAAUUACUUUCAACCAUCUCCUCUUGGGGAAGUUUUGCUAGCAGCAGCAAUUUUUCCUUUUUAG